CAAAGGAGGUGUUGGCUUUGGGGAUGACCAGUGAGAUAUACGAGGCGACUGUAGUGACUGCUGGACGCCUGUAGUGACUAGCAUUAUGGGAUGUGGCACCUCCGUCACCACCGACAACAAAGGGAGGAGACUGACGACAGACCAGAUGGCCAAGAAAACUCCCAGCCCUGCACUGGCUAUGAAGGCAGCCAUCCUGAUCCAGCGUUGGUACAGACGUUACAUCGCCAGGUUAGAGAUGAGACAGCGAUACACCUGGAACAUCUUCCAGUCUAUAGAGUAUGCUGGGGAGCAGGACCAGCUACAGCUCUCCAGUUUCUUCAGUUUCAUGCUGGACAACUUCACUCAACUCAACGGGAAUGGCCCAGAUCUGAUCUCCCACCUGCUGGACCCAGUGGUUGACCCGUGGUCAGACAGAGAGAGACAGACCAUGUAUGAACAGAUCACUGUUCCUGAGUCCUACAGCGGUCCUCACCUCACCUUCCCCCUCACCGUCUCUCACACCAACGCCCUGCUCUCUGCAUUCAAAGAACAACGGCCUCUCCAUGGCAGAUACAUGCUGCAGUUGUUACACCAGACUAAGAAGCUCCUGAAACAGAUGCCAAACGUCAUUCACCUGUCCACACCCUACGCCAAGGAGAUCACAAUAUGUGUUAGACACAGAGACCACAUGACCCUGAACAGAGGCAACCACGAGGACCACAUCAUGAACCUCCGAUAUGGAUUCACUAAAGAAGUUAUGCAGAAGUACAAGACACAUGGCAGGGACAUCCUACUGCUGGUCCAGGAUGUGUUCAGCCUCCUCCCCAUAGCAACAGUCAUCGAUAACAAGGUGCUCAUCGUCCAUGGAGGAAUAUCAGACAUGACGGACCUGGAUUUCCUCAGGUCUAUAGAGAGACACAAGGUGAAAUCUGCCCUGAGGCUUCCUAGGAGGAGUCUGAACCAUCUGGAGGUGACUAGGAGCAGUAGUCAGGGCCAGACAGAGUGCCCCCGGUGUAGGAGCAGGGGCCAGACUGAGAGCCCCCGGUGUAGGAGCAGGGGCCAGCCAGAGAGCCCCCGGUGUAGGAGCAGGGGCCAGACAGAGAACUCCCGGUGUAGGAGCAGGGGCCAGCCAGAGAGCCCCCGGUGUAGGAGCAGGGGCCAGCCAGAGAGCCCCAGGUGUAGGAGCAGGGGCCAGCCAGAGAGCCCCAGGUGUAGGAGCAGGGGCCAGGACCAUGGCAACACCCCCAAGAAGAGACGUCACCUCACCAGACAGGGCAGCUCCUCCUCUUCCUCCUCAUCCUCACUGUGCUCCCCCCGGGGGUCGUCCCGCCUCACUCUGUGCCGCUGCCUUUCUCCCAGCAUGCUGAGCCCCACCGACAACCUCCAGGUGCCCUUCCUGGACUCCUUCACCGCCCUCCCCGUCCGUCAGCCACCCAGGGAGGAGUUGGAGUGGAAACAGGUAGUAGAUUUGCUGUGGAGCGACCCGAAGAGCCAGCCAGGCUGCAGUCCCAACACCUUCAGGGGAGGAGGCAGUUACUUCGGGCCAGACGUGACCAGACGCCUGCUGGAGAGACACGGCAUGACUCUGCUGAUCAGAUCACAUGAGUGUAAACAGGAGGGCUACGAACUCUGCCACGACGGACAGGUGAUCACCAUUUUCUCUGCGUCUAACUACUAUGAGGAAGGUAGUAACCGUGGAGCCUACAUUAAACUGGGCAGAGAGCUGGUCCCUCGCUUCUUCCAGUACCAGGUCAGCAGGAAUACCAGGAAACUCACCCUGACUCAGAGGGUGAAUGUGGCAGAGGGUUCGGCUGUAAGGGCUGUACAGGAGAAGCUGUUUUCCCACCGCUCAGAACUCAUGGCUGCCUUUCAGCAGUAUGACACAAGUAACAGUGGCUGUAUCUCUGUAAGUGAGUGGGCCCUGGUGGUGGAGUCAGUUGUGAGACUGGACCUGCCCUGGAGGACUCUGCGCCCGCGCCUGGCACGGCUGGCACCAGAUGGCAGCAUCGACUACCAGUCCUGCUUCGAGGACAUGGGCCCGGAACAACCCAUACCCCAGGUCACUCCAAACUUGGCUAAAACUCUUUACAGGUAUCGAACAGACCUUGAGAUUAUCUUCAACAUCAUGGACAAAGACCACUCUGGUCAGAUAUCCAUUGAGGAGUUUCGUCAGACCUGGCAUCUGUUUAGUGCUCACCUAGGUGUGGAGGUGGAUGACCGGGCCAUAGAUGAACUGGCUAAGAGUAUAGACUUCAACAAGGAUGGUAGCAUCGACUUCAACGAGUUCCUAGAGGCCUUCAGGGUGGUGCACAAACUGGAUGUUAAGGACCAACAGCAGGGCUGAGAGAAACCUUGUUGUUUGUGCUGAAGACUCACAUUAGCUAGCCGGGCAAUGACUUGGCUUUAGCUCAGUGAGCCAACACUGGCAGCAGGGCUGAGAGAACUACAAAGAUCAGCUGCUAGGUUGAUAGAACUACAAAGACCAGCGGCUAGGCUGAGAGAACUACAAAGACCAGCGGCUAGGCUGAGAGAACUACAAAGACCAGCAGCUAGGCUGAGAGAACUACAAAGACCAGCGGCUAGGCUGAGAGAACUACAAAGACCAGCGGCUAGGCUGAGAGAACUACAAAGACCAGCGGCUAGGCUGAGAGAACUACAAAGACCAGCGGCUAGGCUGAGAGAACUACAAAGACCAGCGGCUAGGCUGAGAGAACUACAAAGACCAGCGGCUAGGUUGAUAGAAAUACAAAGACCAGUGGCUACAAAGACCAGCGGCUAGGCUGAGAGAACUACAAAGACCAGCGGCUAGGCUGAGAGAACUACAAAGACCAGCGGCUAGGUUGAUAGAAAUACAAAGACCAGUGGCUACAAAGACCAGCGGCUAGGCUGAGAGAACUACAAAGACCAGCAGCUAGGCUGAGAGUACUACAAAAUCCAGCAGCAGAUUUGAGGGGAGCCAUGCUCGCCUUGGCUUUAGCUCUGCAGGCUUAAACAGUCUUGUGGUCAACCAUACACUCAGUGUAGCACAUGCAGUUGCAUGAGUCAGGAAUAUUGUAGAUCUAGGAGAUGUGGUCACCCUUCUCCCUGUGGUGUAGAACAUGUCUCAGAGGAGAACACACUACUCUCACCAGCUACUGAUAUGGAGACCGACCAACACACGUGAGGUUUCUACAGACAACUCAGACAAGAGCUCCCCGCGGCACGUCCUAGCUCUGCUCUGCAGACCAACAGCACUUUGCCCCAUCUUUUCUAGGUCUGAGACAGAGACCAGACUGCUACAUCCUCUCUUCAGGGUCAAAGGUCCAAUGCAGACAUUUAAUUUUUUUAAAAUCUCAAUAUUAAAUCAUUUCUGGGUAAGUUCCUUACUGCGAUUGUUUUUUAUUAAAAUGGUCAAAAAGAAACUAAAAUAGCUUAUUUUUAGCAAAGAGCUAUUUCUCAAGCAAGAAUUGAUCUAUGACAGUCUGGGAGUGGUCUGAAAAACUGAAAAUGAUCUGUUAUUGGCAGAGAAGUUUCAAACGUCUUUCUUAUUGGUCCAUUAACUCAUUUACUUCCUGGUGAUGUCACCAGGCAGGUCAAAACCAUCCCACCAGAACAGGCUGAAAUGUAUUUUUAAACACUUCUUACACUUAAAAGGUCAUUUAUCGUAAUUUAUCGUAAAUUUGACAGUAUUAUUCCAAUCUCAUAAAAGGCAGCGUGUAAAGUAAAUGAUCUGUUAUUGACAGAGAGGUUUCCACGUCUUUGUUAUUGGUCCAUUAACUCAUUUACUUCCUGGUGUAAAGUGUUGAUCCCAUGUUUCGUGACGCUGAAAUAAACAAUCCCACAAAUGUU